ACGGUCUGAGGCAAAUACAACGUUGACGACCCCAUAUACUGGGACAACGCGCUAUUCGCAAUUCAAACAGGAAGGAGAGUGGCUGCAACGAAUGAAAACACCUAUACAGAUUUAUCGCAGAACCCAAGUAGAGAGGACCACCGCUUGCUCCUCGAGCACUUCAUUGCAGUACAACAGUGCCGCUUUAAUUCUUUGCUCGGCAUAAUAGUGUUCACGUGACCACGUGUGUGUUGCUUUCUCUGUUGCGGUCCACACGUAGAAGAAACACCUGGACAAGUUUUUGUGUCUGUGAACUUGAACAAAAUCCUGCUGAAAAUAUACAUUUCUCGGUUUUAUUCGCACAAACAUUCGCUGCUGUUCCGUUCCGGACAUAGAAAAACGAAAGUUGGAUCCAGGUUUAUUUUUUCUUCCGUCUAGUCGCCCUACAAACUGAGCUGUGCAUGGCGACAGAAAAGUUCCAGUCAAUUUAUUACAAAUUUUUUUCAACAACAAACUGCACCCAUACUGCGUCGAAAAGCAAAGGGCUGUGCGGCGUUUGGGAAAAGAAGUUCCAUAUUGACAUUGUCAUUGCAAUAGUAAACUACAAGAAAAUAAAGGGACGUGAUUUAGAAGAAGUACACUUUCGUUUGAUUACCACGGCGACUGCACGAUAGCAUCCUGUCGCGCACGAAACACACGACAGCAGACAAAAUGGUUCUGAAGGCUAUUGGGAUUCCCGAGCACUUGGAGGUGCCCUAUCAAAUGCAAAAAUGUCUGAAGAAUGUAACUUGUCAUGCUGUUUUUGGACUCUAUAAAAAUUUGUAUUGCAUGACCAGCAAGGAAGCUACAAUUUGUGCUACGCGGGCAGGGCAUUUCUCAUGCGGAAAGUGCAUCAGGAAGGGUUCUAAAAAUCUGUGAUGCUAGGGCUUACAUCACAGACUAUCAUGGGUCAUGGGCAAUAUGCAUGACAAAUCUUGCAUUCCUCCAGACCCAAAUAUUUUUGCAUUUGAUAUGCCCCUGUACGUGGUGAUUGGGUUUCACGCGCUCGCGUUCUCCACGUGGGCCGUGUUUUUUGUCAAGGAUUUGGUGAAACCGCCGUUGCUAUGCGAUGGAAAGUGUGUCGUGCCGGGGGCAAGGUUUCUUUGUCAUGCGAGAUGAUGACUUGUUUUUACCAUUAAUGGACAAAACAGCUUCUUCGAUCUCCGAGACAACAUACGCAAUAAUGCGAAUAUCGAUUCGAUAAGUCUGUGGAAAAGAAUUUGUCAUGCUGCCACAUGUUUUUUUUGCGCACGUGUCAUCAACCAGAGGAAGAGCCUGACUGAAUGUGAGAUGAAUCAGCUACAGCAAGAACCAUCUGUAGCCAUAUUCUACCAGCCCCUGGCAUGUACUAGGUCUUUGCCGUGCAUAACCGCACCCGAUUCAGGCCGAGGCGCUGAAGGAGAAGAAGGGGCUGUAGAGCACGUGCAGAGCGGAAUCUGCUUACAUGGAAACGGUGAAGUAGAUGCGAGAGACGUGAUCGGCGUUCGACGCUAAGGGUAUUCUUCUUACUAGCCGCAGCUUGAUAACCACGACACCCCCUAAAGAUAGAUGAGCGACGUUCUGCAAGAAGAAAUGUUGAGAAGUCCAGAUGCAAAAAAUGUUCUUUGAAUCAUUAGUUUGAAAACCCACCAGAAGUUCCCCGACGAGAUUUAAUUUCUACUACUGAAGACAUGUACGUAACUGCAUUUUUCUGGUCGAGCUAGAAAGGCAAGUCGUUUUAGCCGGCGAAGACCGAAGCCAGUGUUCCACAAAAGCUGC